AUGGAGGAAUAUGGUUUGGGUGAUAAUGGUUGGUUUCGUUAUUUGUUUGAGUCUCGUACAUUUUGGGCAUCUCCAUAUUUUCAUGAUGAGUUUAUGUCGGGCUUGGUUAGGAUAACUUCUCGAUCAGAAUCUCAAAAUAGUUUUUUUGGCAGUUUCUCUAAUGGUCAUUCUAGUUUGGUUGAGUUUUUGUUGCAUUUUGGCAGUGCUAUUGGUGCACAAUGUCAUACUCAAGCAAAAUUGAAUGUUGAUUGUGAAUCUUGUUUUCCUAUUUUGAAGACAACAUUGGCUUUGGAGAAGCAUGCAAUGGAUGUUUACACCAUUUCUGUAUUUUAUGAUGUUCAAGUAGAGAUUUGUGCAACUUGCUUUUCUUGUCGAGUGGCAUCUUUGUGCGAUUGUGAUGGUCAUGUGUCUUAUGUGAUAAAAGAUGGUGACCAUCGGCCAUGGUGUGUGGAGCUUGUUUUGUCUGAUUACACUGCUACUUGUUCUUGCAAGAUGUUUGAGCGGAAGGGGUUGUUGUGA